CCACGUGGUUUCGUCUCCUGUAUAAAAACUUUGGGUGCGCUGAGCCCCUGUCGUCGUGGUUCCAAAGGGGCAGAAAAAGAGGGUUCUCUCCACUGGAGCUGGCGUUGUGCUCCACAGCACGCACUCACGGACCCUGGUGCACACGCGCGAAACACUCCACGGACCGCAGCAGCCGGACAAGUGGACUUUGUGCGCGUUUUAAGCGUGAACGGCGGGACAGGACACUGUUCGUGUAUAAAUGUAGUGGACGUAAACGUGGUUUGACACACGCGCGUCAACAAUCAAACCUCCUGCGUGCGCUUCGCCAACUUUUGGUUCUGUAGAGGAAACACGCCAGAUCCACAAUGAGUGGAUGGCGUCACGGCUGUAACCAUGUCAGUCUGUCUCUGGGUUUCUUCUGGAUAUCUGCUUUCUGACUUCUGGAGCACAAGCGGAUGUUCUUUGUGAUUUACUCGAAACUUUGGUUUGUUUAUAUAAUCUUGACUUUUUGCUCCACUAGUGCUGUAAAUUCAGCUUUAGCACAAUGAGCCUACACGUUGUGGCACUGGCCUGUACGUUUGCGUGCAUUGUGUCCGCGCGCAGCAGCUCGGCCGCCGGGACUCAGAGUCGGAGCUCGCCCCAAGAGUCGUGCGCGUCCUGCGGACUCAGGGCGCCGGAUCAGUCGGAGCGGGUGAACGUGGACUUCUUGGAGGCGGUGAAGCGGCACAUACUUAACAGGCUGCAGAUGAGGGAGCGACCCAAUAUCACCCAUCCCAUCCCCAAGGCUGCCAUGGUGAGCGCCCUGAGACGGCUGCACGCCGGCAAAGUGCGCGAGGACGGCAGGGUGGAGAUCCCCAGCUUUGACGGACAGGCUGCGUACAACAACGAGGUUCAAGCGGAGUCCUCGGAGAUCAUCAGCUUCGCCGAAUCAGAUGAGCAAACAUCCAAGUCUGGUCUGCAUUUCCUCAUCUCCAACGAGGGCAACCAGAACCUUUAUGUAUCGCAGGCCAACCUGUGGCUGUACUUCCGCAUGCUGCCGGCCGGGCCUGACAAGGGCCUCCGGAGAAAGGUGACAGUCAAGAUCCACUACCAGGAGGCCGGUGCUGCUGCAGCUGCAGACGCAGCCAGCGGCGGUCGCUGGAGCCUGGUGGAGAAGCGCGUGGACCUGAAGCGCAGCGGCUGGCACACGUUCCCCCUGUCGGAGGCCGUGCGGGCCGUGUUCGGGAGAGGCGGCCGGCGGCAGGACCUGGAGGUCCACUGUGAGGACUGCGAGACAGCCGGCGUGGCCCCGGUGCUGGUGGACCCGGGCGACCCGUCCCAUCGGCCCUUCCUUGUACUGCGCGCACGGCAGGUGGACGGAAAGCAUCGCAUUCGCAAGAGGGGGCUGGAGUGCGACGGCACCAGCGGGGGCCUUUGCUGCCGGCAGCAGUUUUACAUAGACUUCCGCCUCAUCGGCUGGAACGACUGGAUCAUUGCGCCGGCUGGUUACUAUGGUAACUACUGCGAGGGGAGCUGUCCGGCCUACAUGGCAGGUGUACCGGGCUCUGCCUCCUCCUUCCACACAGCCGUCGUUAACCAGUAUCGCCUCAGAGGGAUGAGCCCCGGCUCCGUCAACUCCUGCUGCAUCCCCACCAAGCUCAGUACUAUGUCCAUGCUUUAUUUUGAUGACGAAUACAAUAUCGUGAAGAGAGACGUGCCCAACAUGAUUGUAGAGGAGUGUGGCUGUGCUUGAGUCCACGCAGACCCCUCUGAACUGAACAUCUGAACUUGAAACAGAACAGCCUUUUGUUGAAACGGGACAUUAUUGUACGGUACAUAUACAACAUAUCUAUCCCCACUGUCUGUGCAGGCAGCACACACUCAUAUAACCCAUGUCUCAGUGUUGUGGACAUGCCUGCACACCUUUAUGUGUGUGUGUGUGUGCGUGCGUGCGUGCGUGAGUGUGUGUGUGCGUGCGUGCGUGCGUGCGUGAGUGUGUGUGUGUGCGUGCGUGCGUGCGUGCGUGCGUGCGUGCGUGCGUGCGUGCGUGCGUGCGUGUGUGUGUGUGUGUGUGUGUGCGUGCGUGCGUGUGUGUGCGUGCGUGUGUGUGUGCGUGUGUGUGUGUGUAUUUAUCAGCCCGAGCUGCACGCUGGCUGUCUUCGAGGUCAGUGAUGGGAAGAGAAGGGAAUGAUUAGCACCAAAUGAUACUUUGCUCUAGUUUGCCAUUUCUAGCCAAAAAAUAAUGGCCUGUCAUCCUCUCGAAUGAAGACAAAGAAGCGCUUAAGGAAGGUGACAGGAUUUCAGCCCUCCUCCUCCGACCAUCUUAAGUACUUUAAGCACAUGAUAGACUUUUGUUUUGAUAAAGCACUGACAAUUCAUCAGCUUGUACAAUUCAAUAUACCAGCACUUGACUGUGGUCACAGAGUUCUACUGGCUUUUUGCCGCCAUGCAGGAUAAUCCGCUGGUCUUCUUUGCAUGGCCGCCAGUUGGCGUCGGCCUUGACCUUUCUUCCCGAAGAGACUGCUGCCGGCCAGCUCUGCUGUCGCGACAACUAGGUGAAGACAGAUCUCGUAAGUGCACUUCACCCGAGAGCUGGGGGAAACACGAGCCUCUAGCUUCCACGCAGUGCAGUGCAGCACUGGCAAACAAACAAACUGAAAUGCACAUCCUGAAAAGCACUUGUAUAAAGAAAUGCCUUCCAAGGGCUACUGAGUGUCCUGUCCUAUUGGUAAAUAAGUGCCACAUGAGCUAUGCAAUGUAUAGUAAAUUAUAACCAUACUUCGACAUGCUCCAUUAGACUGAACUCCUUCCAUUUUCCUCUUCCUUCUCCUCUUCUCUCUUUUUCAGUCUCUGACUUUUUAUCAAUACUUGAAAUGUGAUCUUUCACUUCCUUUCCAAAGCGAAAGAUUGUUGUUAUGUUUGCACUGAUAAGUUGUGGGUUUGGUGAAACAAAAACUGCCAUUAAAACUUUAUUUUUAUAGAAGUAAAUUGAAUUAUGUUUCAAAUGUAUUUUACUAAAAUAAUGGAACCAAAGAGGCCACGAUUUGAGCUAUUGUCCUGUGAUGGCAAGGCCACUGAGAUGCUGUGUACAAUGUUGUUUUUAAUCAUUUUGCAAAAGGCCUGCCACUGUAUCAGGGUACGAUUUGAGUUUCAUUUCCUUAACUCUAUUUUCAUUUUCUGUUUUGUACAAAAAGCAACACCUUGUUUUUCAUCUUUAAUUCUAUUUUUUUUCAGUUUUCUAUUUAAUAAGAAAUGUUAUUUUUAGUUCCUCUCUGAGAAUCACUUAGUCAAAUAAAUGUCAUCUGUACAGUUUAUGUAAAAUAAAAUGUUUUCUUAAA